AUGGAGGUGGCAUAUCGCUAUGGUGAACAAGUUGAAACUACUGUUGAAACAAUGCGACGUCGAUGCCUUGCGAUUUACGAUGGGACAAUAAGUUUGGGACACAGAACAAUGCGAGCUGCAGAGAAGCUACGCGAAUAUGCUGAACCGAUUAUUUAUGACAUUUCCGAACACGUACAAACUGCAGUACAAGACUUGAGCCCAUUGGAUGCAAACGAUAGAGAAUUCCGCAACAAUUUGUUGGAAUUGUACUUGAGCUGCUCUGUCCUUUCAAUUGGAAUCAGUGCAGGAGAAAUUUCCGGUGCGCUUGUGCUAGGAAUGCUCUAUCGAAAAAUUUUUGAUUGGUGGUGGGAACUAUUGCUGGUAGUCCUGUUACCAUGUCAUGUUUACCUUACAUUUAGAAAAAAUGCAGCACUGGACGAAACUGAAAGGCGUGUCAACUUAUUCGGCCUAGGCCUCGCGAUCGGCUCGUGUAUAGGGCACAUGAUGGGAUAUCGACUGAUUUCAACUCUUCCAUCAGUCAAUUUCAUCCAACCACUCAUUCUAGCUCUAAUGGUGGAUCCAGAACUUUCCCCAUCAACCGUAUAUUCGCAACGGAAAAACUUAUUAGCCGCAGGAAUGGGUGCAGGUGUCGCCGCAGCUACUUUUCUUGGCAUGAUCCACGGCCUGUCGCUCUGCAUUAUCCUGUCAAUUGCUACACAAGCUGCAUUCCUCGCCUAUCAUUUCCAGGUCGUAUUGUACACAAUGAAAAACAAAUUAUAUGGGGUCGGAGAAGCUCAAUUGUGCUAUGUGCUUGGAUCGAUAAUCAGCCAAAUCCCGUUAGCAAUUGUAUUCGGUACUAGCACUGUUGGCUCUGUCAAAUAA